CUCGCGACAUGAGACUUGUGACAUCUGAAUUAGCUAUCCGGAAGCAAUCGAGGAGCGAAAUGUUAACGGUGCUGCGGGACUUUUAAACAGUGAUCCCGAACUGAGGGCUGUAUUAAGAAAAUCUGCACUGUUUCAGGAUAAGCGGGUGGUUUGCCGCUGGUGUCUCUCGUUGAGCAUAUUGUGAUGGUCUGAUUCACCAAGCAGUCUGCUCAUACGGUUAUUUGCUUCUUCUGGCCAAGAAUCAGCAAGGCUGAGAAAACAGCAAUACUAUCAGUGACAGAUUGUAAAGCAGAAACCCUGGGUUGCUUGGGAGAUCAGACUCUUUAGUGAGCCGAAGACUCCUGCAGGGACUGGUUUUCACCAACGUCCUUUUGGGGCCCCCAGAACUUUCUGCUGUGGACCACCAGGGAACCUGAAAAUGGCAGAGUUUGCUCCAAAGUGCAGUACAGAAGAGGGCCAGACAGAGCAAUCAAAGUCAGAAACAGGUAGUUCGUCUGGUGAAAGAGUUUGGUCUGAUCACUCUCCACUUCCCCACCAGGAAAAUUGGGUCAGGUUUGCAGAUACACCAUCAAGCAGUGCCGUUUUACCCAUGCAUCCUGCCUCUGUCCAGGACCAAACAACAGUGCGCACUGUGGCAUCUGCUACCACCACAAAUGAAAUCCGUAGGCAGUCCUGUAGUUAUGAUGAUCCCUGGAAGAUUACAGAUGAACAAAGACAGUAUUACAUUAAUCAGUUCAAAAACAUUCAGCCUGACCUUAAUGGCUUUAUCCCAGGAUCUGCUGCAAAAGAAUUUUUUACUAAGUCUAAACUUCCGAUUCCAGAACUGUCCCAUAUAUGGGAGUUGUCAGAUUUUGAUAAGGAUGGGGCCUUGACAUUGGAUGAGUUUUGUGCAGCUUUUCACCUGGUGGUAGCAAGGAAAAAUGGUUAUGAUUUACCUGAAAAACUGCCUGAAAGUUUAAUGCCCAAACUCAUUGAUUUAGAUGAUGGUACAGCUGGGGACCAAACUACUGAGGUAGGGUUUAUAAGUUCCCCAGCAGAAGCUCCUCCUAGCAAAUCACCUUCAAUGCCAUCCUUGAACCAGACAUGGCCUGAGAUGAACCAGAGUACUGAGCAGUGGGAGACAUUUAGCGAACGCUCUUCAAGCUCACAAACUCUGACCCAAUUUGAUUCUAACAUUGCACCAGCUGAUCCUGAUACUGCUAUAGUACAUCCUGUUCCUAUACGCAUGACUCCAAGCAAGAUUCACAUGCAAGAAAUGGAGCUUAAAAGAACUGCGAGUGAUCCUGCCAAUCCUACAAGUCCUCUGCAUAUGAAACAACAAGAGCUCUCUGACGAAAGUAACUUAAAUUCUUCUGUCAAGUUUGUCUCUGGAAAUUCUGGCGCUGAUGGCUACAACAGUUCUGAUUCUUUCAACUCUGAACCAGAGGACGUUGAAAACGUGGCUGCCAGACAACGGUCCCAUUCAAGUACUUCACCUGACAACACAGCACCACCACCACCACCACCCCCACCAAGGCCUCAAGCUUCUCAUUCACGCUCCUCUUCCUUAGACAUGAAUAGAACAUUUUCUAUUACCACAGCAGGACAGCAACAAGCAACCACAGUUGUACAUCCUCCUGCUGUACCCCCAAGGCCAUUACCCACACAGACAUCAGGUUCUCAUAUGCACCGUUCUAUGGAAUCAGAAAGUGUUAUGUCUCAUUCUAGCACUUCACCUCAGCAAAUGCCAGAGCAGCCCAACUUUGCAGAUUUUAGUCAGUUUGAAGCUUUUGCUUCUUGUGUAACUGAACAAUCAUCUGAUGACUCUGAGAACCAUACAGAAGUAGCACAGGUUGAAAAAUCAUCCUCAGACACAAUUGGAGUUUCCAAGUUAAAUGGGCUUGUAGAAGAGAAGUCAGUGACUGCAGUUUCUGUCAAUUCAAGCAAAAUUGGCACACCUCUUGCUCCACCCCCCAAGCCUGUAAGAAGACGACUGAAGUCUGAAGAUGAACUUAGACCUGAAGCAGAAGAACAUGAUCAGAAAUCAAGCACUGCAUGUACUACUAUUACCCCUCAGCCUUCUAUUCCUCGUUCUGCUGGAAAAGAUAAGAAAGCAAUUCAGGCUUCAAUUAGACGCAAUAAAGAGACAAACACAGUUCUUGCCAGGCUGAACAGUGAGCUGCAGCAACAGUUAAAGGAUGUUCUUGAAGAGAGAAUUUCCUUAGAAGUUCAACUGGAACAACUACGACCCUUUUCUCACCUUUAAACCAACUGCCUCUAACUGCAAAUGCUGACCUACCCUAAAGAUAACCCACAAGAUCAAUGCUAAUAAUCCAUUUAGCAUUAAUAUGAGAUGCAUCCUUUGUUUAGUACUGGUGUGCUGACCUAUCUAUAUUUCUCCUGGAUUUCUGUGAAUAUUUUUUUCUGAAACAGACCUGCUAAUUUCUAAAAAGUAUGCCCUUUCAGACUUAUAAAUACAGAGUUUUUUUUAAAAUCUGCAACUGGACAAUAAAAAUUACUAAAUGAAA